AUGCCUGGAACCUCAUGGAUGACCUGUGAACAGUCCAUCUUCCUGAAAAGUAAGGUGGAUGGCUUUUGCCUAAGUCAGCUGCAAGGAGAUGUGGCUGCAUACAUUACAAACACUAACCGAGAGUGGUUCGAGAAAUGGCCAGAAGUCGCGGUGCAUUUCAAGGAUGAUGCUGGUCUCGCACUUAUGGAAAGUGAGUUGAUGGAUGAGCAAAUGAAGCAGUUGGGCGUUUACACUGAACAAUGUCAUGCUCAACUACGUUCUUAUUUGUACCAUUCAUCCUCUUCAUCGGGAAGGUCGCACGUGACUCAGUUCACAAAAACCAUCACCAAAAUUAUGGGUGCAACAACUAAUCGCACUCGUGGACCGUCAGCAGUGGAACACUUCAUUCAAACAGAGUACAAGUCCAAUCCCGACGUUAAGGCUGAAAUUGAAACUCAGAUGAAGAACAACAAUUACAUUCAAAAGCCUCGUAUCUCCGCGCUACGUUUGGAAGCAGCUAAGUCAAUGGCUGCCCGUGGGGAUAGUUUUGUGAUUCAGAUGGAGAAUGAGGCGAAAAUCGAGUGCGCUCGUCACGCGGAUCAAGCCAAGAUGGAACUUGAUGUUCUGUGCAGUCCAUCCGAGGCCAUGAGAAUACACCCAUGGAGAUCUCUUGAAGGACUCGGUGGUGUGGUUGGCCAGCUUCUGGAUAUCAUCCACGAGACGACAGGAUGGCAUGGGAGCGUGUAUCUCGGAGGACCUGACCCUCAUGUGAACGGCAAAGUUCGUGUCUUCAGCUUUCACCAUGGAAAAGGUGCUACCGGUUUCAACUUUCGUGAGACGUUGCCUGAUCAUCAUGGGUGCAUUGUUGAACCAUUUACUGCCUUUUUGAAGGGCACAUUCAGUAGUGUUACAGCUAUGAACACUUCACCUCAAGUUGUCCCUGGUAUCACUGUGGUAGACCCUGCUAUCACCACACCAGUCCUGAGUAUCACCGCACCAGUUACCCCACAGAGCCCUUCUUCCACUGCUCUCACAGUUCCAAGUAUCAUCGCAGGCCCUACCGUACCAGCUGCUCUGCAGAGCUCUCCUCCCACUACUCUCCAUGACUUAGGCGACAAUGGCAUGCUUCCGAACAUGCUUCCAAAUGGGAUUCACCCCAUGCUUUCAUUGGACCACUUGCUAUCGAUGGACCCAGCUUCAAUAGAUUUUUCACAGGUAGACCUUGGUCUAUUCAAUCUGCCAAUGCUUCCACCACCACCACCUUCUCCUGCACGCCCGGAUUUACCGAUCCUUCCCGCGCCGCCUGUGGAUGAUCAAGACUUUGCCAUGACAUCUUACAAUGGGGAUUCGGCUACCGGGAGUGCCUCUUUCAUAUCGUCUCCUCCACGCUUUUGCAGAAUCAAGUCCAAUAGUACUCCUGAGGUGCAAUCUCACCUACCUCAUCCACGUCCAGUGACUAGAGGCACGAGAAUCCCCUCUGUAUAUGAUCAGUUUGACAUCUCAUCCUCUGCAUCUCCAGCACCUCCAACAACCACUGAGGUACCCUUGGCAUCUCUGGCACCUCCAACAAUCACUGAGGUACCGGUAGCCAUGCCACUUGUAUCAGAAGUGUCUUCUGACUCUGCUCCCCCUGCGUCUGAAGAGUCUGCUAAUACCGCAUCUCUGGUGUCUACUGCGUCACGUGUGUCAGCACCUGGUGACUUUCAGACAUCUUCUACACCAGCAGCUUCUGCAGAAGAUGCAUCCCAUCAGAUUCCUCACAGUGAUUCUGCAACAAACGCAGACGUCAUCAUGCGGCCACUUGACGAUAUUGCUAAUCAGUCGCGCCGUCGCAGCACUCGCUCCCAUGUUCCAUCGACACACUUGGAUGAAGCCAACCGCAUUGGCAGUGAGAACACCGUGAAGAAAGGACGUAAUAGGGCCCGUAAGUCAGUGGCCUAG